AUGCUGCGCAGGGCCUUGCCCGUCUUCCGAAUCGAAUCCUUCUUCACAUACAUCACCAUGGCCACCGGCGACCUGACACCAGCUGGCGACAGCCAAAAGUCCUCCACCGACAUCCCUAUCCGUAUCAAGACAAGUGAUGCCAUCGACAUCGUCUCAACAUAUCACUCCCUCCUCGAGGACCCAGACCUGACAAAACCCGUCGCCGCCAUCGAGGCCCUCAUCGCCCUCCUCAACGCCUCGGGCACAACCACCGUCUUCGAGACCCUCGACCUCGUCAAGCGCGCCUCAAACACCCUCCACGCAUCCGUCAACAACCCCGUUCCCCUCCAGGCCGGCACCGACCUCUUCCUGCAGUACCUCGUCUCCUCGCUUAAGCAGCAAGAAGGCGCAAACGCAUCCGCCUCGGCCGCCGCCGCCCCCUCCCCCUACCAGUCCUUCGAAGCCGUCCGCACCCACCUCCUCCGCAACGGCCGCCUCUUCGCCUCCCGCGCCAUCGCCGCCCGCGACCGCAUCGCCGACGCCGGCUGGCGCUUCGUCCGCGACGGCAAGGUCGUUCUCACCCACGGCGCCUCCCGCGCCGUCUCCGACCUGCUCUUCCGCGCCGCAGACCAGUCCGGCGACGGCGGUGUCCGCUUCAAGGUCGUCUACGUCCGCGACGAGCACCGCCCCGCCGAGUCGGACCGCGUCGUCAAGGAGCUCCGCGACAAGGGCAUUCCCGUCGCCGAGAUCGCCGAGCCCGCCGUCGCCCACGUCCUCGGCUUGCUGCGCCAGGUCCACAUGGUCUUUGUCGGCGCCGAGGCCGUCACGCAGAACGGCGGUAUCAUCUCGCGGAUGGGCACCUAUCAGAUCGCCAAGCUGGCAAAGCAGGCCGGUCUGCCCUUCUACGUUGCCGCCGAGUCCCACAAGUUUGUGCGCAAGGUGCCUCUGGACCAGCGGGAUCUCGGUUUCCAGCAGCACGUCUUGGACUUCCGGACGGACGGUGCCAGCGAGCAGCCUGAGGAUGCGGUGGACUACACUCCCCCUGAUUUCAUUUCCAACCUCGUGACAGAAAAUGGUGUCAAGCUACCCAGCUACGUGUUUGAGCAGCUCCUCGACAUCUAUGGUAGCUUGAACGGUUGA